UUGUUCCAUAGGUUGAGAAUAUCGGUGAAGCAGGAAUAUAGUAUGGCCGAUGUCUGGCAGGAGAAGAAUGCCUUUAUUCCAACCAAUCAUCGGCUAUAUAGUGUUGAUUUUGUCAUCAUUCACAGGGUACACUCAUGGCAUCCUGUGCCAUAAGUAUGUGUCAUUAGAAUCGCUGCCUGGUAAUUCCCAUGACAACCAGAUCGUGGACUGCCCGUUUGCCUGUUUUGCUUCAUGGAAACAGGAAAAGCCGGAUCACAUGGAAGUUCUCCAACAGGAUUGCAUGGGGAGUCAUAAGACGGAAUGCAUGGCCACUUCCUGCCAGCAGAAUGUGAAAUCCAGCCAAUCAGGACACAAAUUCUGCUGCUGUAGCACAGACAAAUGUAAUGUGGUCCAGAAUCAAGGAGUUCGUGUAACUUAUAAAACAUACAACACAUCGAAAUUGUCUCCCUCUGUCAUUAGGAAGUCCUCUUCUUUGUUUGAGCAGCCAUACAGGCAGACCAACAAUAACUGGCCUUUUCACUCAGAAACUGAGCAAGAUUCAGCACUGGGCAUUCCAAAAAACUCCAAAGGAGCACUUAUCACUUGUGUGUUUUAUAAUCAACCAAACAACUAUAAGACAUCAAAGGUAUCCAGCACCCCAAUGCUGACGGACGGAACAGAUUCCACUACCGAGGAAACGGGGAAACGGCUUAAGAGGUGUGAUCGGGGCGAUGAUUCAUGCUUUACUAUCUGGUCAUAUGAUCUAGAGAACGAUACAGAGUCGCUGACAAUCAUCAAACAAGGAUGCUUCCAGUCAAAGCCUGAGGAAGGUUUGUGUAGUCCUGGUGUUUGUAGAUCAAGCUUUCCCUCUAAAAUGUUGGGCUCCCACAAACAGGCCAAAUUCUGCUGCUGCUUUGGUGACAUUUGUAAUAACAACAUCUCAGAAGUGAAUGUCAGCCUACCAUCUCCAGUAGAUACUAUAACACCAGCAGAUCAAUUCAAACCCACAAUAGCGCACAGAGAUCUCAAUACCAGAAACAUCCUUGUACAAGAUGACCUUUCUUGUGUUAUUGGUGACCUUGGAUUUGCCAUAACUACCAUGGGGUCAAAGUUGAUCAGAAAUGGCCAGUAUGAAUAUGCUGAGCAGGCAUCACUCCAAGAUGUUGGCACCUUACGAUACAUGGCCCCAGAGUUGCUCGAUGGUGCUGCCAAUUUGAGAGAGUCUGAAGCCUCUUUAAAACAGAUUGAUGUCUACUCACUGGGACUGGUGCUGUGGGAACUUGCCACAAGAUGCCAGGAUAUGUAUCAUGGCUGUCCUGUUCCUGACUAUCAGAUGCCAUACCAACAAGAGGCCGGAUCACAGCCUACAUUUGAAGAGAUGCAGAUCCUGGUAUCUAGAAACAAAGUUAGACCCAAGUUCCCAGAAGUCUGGCAAAGUCACAAUCAGGCUGUUUAUAUACUGAAGGAGACGGUCGAGGAAUGCUGGGACCAUGACUCUGAGGCGCGGCUUACAGCUGUUUGUGUGGAAGAGAGAAUACAUGAUAUGAUUGCACUGUGGGCCCAGGAGAGCAAACAGAAAGGCAUGACUCCAACGAUAACGACAACGAGCAACUCAUUAAAAAUUUUCUCUGAACCAGAGAGAACAGCACAAGAAACGGCAACUGUAACAGUGGCUCCCGCCCGAGAGGAAAUGACAUCAGCCGGAUUUACGGACAACAGUACUGCCAGUAUGGUGGUCAGUUCCCCUCCCAACGGGUACAUUAGUUACAACCGACCAGGCAUGACCACGUCUGGUUCUACAACUGAAACGUUCGUCUUGAUGUCACCUUCUGAAGAGGAAAUCCCUCCUCCAGUGAAAGUGUUAAAUGUUAACCUGGCGAAAAAUAAUAUGGUGCUUCCUGUUCACCAAGGGCGAAAUCCCACAGUCGAAAGGAACACUCAUAAAAGGAGUGACGAGGAGCUCAGUGUGGCUGGAAAUAAACUCGUGUAUAACAACGAGAGAUGUGAUGUGGAGGGUGGACAGCAAGGGCCCCCUCUGUUGGAUGAUCUUUUACACUCAUUCAAUGACAGCUUAGAAACAUCACUGGUUCAGAAUGAUGUUCUAGGACAACACAGAAAUCCCCCUAUCCCAUAUCUACAAAAUCAAGUGCAUGACAGUCGUGGUGGCAGGCCUAAAAUAGCCAACACACAUCAAGCAAUACAUAAUUCAGAACAGGAAAAAUCGCAUCAAAGUAGGUUUAAGAAUCUGGUCAAAGUUAAAGAUAUUGGAAGUAAAUUGCCAUUUUUCAAGAAGAAAGCAAGACAUGCUCAGAAGAAAAUGGGUAAAGUUGGUCAAGACAAUGCAUCAGAAAUCAGCAAUUUGCUACAAGAUCAGGAGCAAAAUCCAAAUUUCAGCCAAGUGGAUCAGGGUCAAGGUUCAGCAACAUGGUACAACCCUGGGCAUGAGAGUUCUACAAGUCCUGUACAGACAGAGAUCAGAAUGAUGAAUGGUAGACCAACAGUUCAACAGUCAGCUCAGAAACAGAGUAAUAUCAUCUACAUGGCAGAGAUAGGCAAGGCGAAGACAGAGACACCAGGCCCAAGGUCAGCUGUCAUAGUGACCAGGUCAGGAGGCCAUUCCAAAAGUGCAUCAGACAUAAGUCCUCACAGACAGAUGAGUCAAUUUUCAAGUGUUUCAGAACUAGAUGAUGUGUUCUCAAAGAGAAGGAGACCCAACUCUCUCUCUCUGAGAGGACAUAACUACAAAUUAAAGUCACCACCCAAGUCAAAUACUUGUGAAAGCUUUGCAUUUCUAGUGAAGGAUUCAGAGAAGGAUGGUAUGAUUCAGAAGGAUGAUUCAUCAGAAAAGAUUAAGAAGCGGGUCAAAACUCCUGUCACUCUCACGCAGGGUCGGCUGUCCUUGUAUGACGACCGUCUGAUGACUCACUAUAUCCUGGAAACGCCAGAAUUCGCACAAAAAUCAAUGAAAGAGUACAGACUGCUGUCAGAUGAUGUCCAGGCCAGUCUCGUUAUCACCAAUGAGCAGAGUUGUUAAUAAGAUGUGAAUGAGAUUUAUUAGGUGUUUAAUUGAGGUUCAUUCUCUGUGCAUGUGAUGUGUACAUGACUCAACAUUUUGUCUGGUCCCACUUUGAGGCACUUAUGAAUGAAAAGCUGUACAAUUUAAGUCUUAUGGUCUGAUCACCUUGUGGAGGGUGUUUUUCUGUUGCCCUGACAGUAUUAAUGUUAUUGAUUCAUUAUCAUGUCCUCAGAAGCUGAGUCAUUGAUCUGUGAAAGAAGUUCAAAAUUGGAAACAAGUUGUUUUCCUCUUUGAUUCCAAGUUGCUGGUAUAUUUGUUAGAUCCUCGUGAUAUGAAGACAGAUGUGUUGCUUUUCAUUAUUCUAAAUAUUAAAUAUAUGUUGUUUUGUUAUGAACAAAGUUUACGUCCUUCGUUUGAAUUGUUCUAGAUUUCGCUAAUCAAAUAUAACAUACAAUAUGAACCAGACUCAACCUUACCCAAACACACCCUGAGAAUGUACUCCAGGUUUAAUUUGGGUUCACCCCGGACUCCACAUUAGGUUUAGGAUCUAGCUUACUUGUAUGUAAAGUCUGGGUUUGUGGUGUUGACCUGUCCCUCAUGUAUUCUGAAUACACAAACAUCUAUUUCCAUGGUAAAAUUUUCCCUACAUGAAGAUUUUGCGACUGUUUACAUUGUUGAUAACAACCACAAGGACUUGUCACGAAUUUUUUGUCGCAUUAAAAUUUGACACUAUCUAUUCCAUAGUUACAUGUGUAAAAACAGAAUAACGAGAGUCAGUUCGUGGUGAGCCCCCGUGUAACAAGUACAAAACAAACAGAAUAACAAGAGUCAGUUCGUGGUGAGCCCCUGUGUAACAAGUACAAAACAAACAGAAUAACGAGAGUCAGUGCGUGGUGAGCCCCCCUGUAACAAGUACAAAACAAACAGAAUAACGAGAGUCAGUUCGUGGUGACCCCCCGUGUAACAAGUACAAAACAAACAGAACACAAACUUCCUAGUGAUUGGAUUCUUUACAGAGCAAGAGACAAUAAGUACAGAAUUCCAGAGAUAAAAUCUUGAAUUUUCCUGAAAUGUGCAAGUUAGAUUGCUAUGGAAUUAUUUGUUUGCACUUUGUGAUUGCCGCGUACUUCAGAAGUAUUUAGGUUACAUGUAAUUAUCCAUGCAGAAACUACUGUUAAAGCCUUGAACGAUUUCUUUUAUUUUUUAUAUCCGCUGUGCUAAUGGUAAUAUUAUAAUAUGAUAAUGAGUGGUGUGAUUUUCUGUCUGCACUAAGUUUCAUGUAAUUUGCACAAUAGAUGUAUGUAUAUAAAAAAGCCCAAUGCUUGCCACGUAGUUUAAUGGGAAAGACAUUAUAGAAUGUAAUUAUGCAUUUUUAAAUGCUGUUUUAUAAACAAGUAAUUAUAUGAAUCAUUUAAAUUGUCAUUGUUGAUAUUUAACAGUGUGAAAAUGACUACAUAGUAAUUAUAUAUGCAUGUAUUUUAAAAAGCAUAUAAAUCUUGAAUUUUUCGCAAAUUAGACUGAUAGUCUAUAAAAAAUUUCCUGUUAAUUUUGUGAUAGUUGUGCAUGGUGAAAAUUAAAUUGAAAUCAGAUAUGGAAAUUAAUACAGUAUUUAUCCACUAAAUGACAAAUUCCGCCACCUAGCUUUGCUUUAAAAAUUAAUAAAUUCGGGAACCACUUGGUUUGCUUUAUGUGUCAAAUUCAAAUCUCAGAUGCUUCCUGCGGAAUCUUUUCAGGGUCACCUCUAAGUUUACUCUGGAUUCAUCAAACCAGAGUUUGCUUUUAUUAGUUUUCUGUAAGGUUGAGUUUGGUUAGUACUGUAUUUGAGUUUAGUUCAUUUAAUUGUUCUUAAUGAGAAAAAAAAAACAUGACAAUAAGUUGCAUUUUUAAAUAUGAUGAUGAUUUUUCAUCUCAUGUUAAUCUUCCUGUUAGAGUUGCUCCCAAAAAAAUUCUACAUUUAAUAGGUCGACUGCUUGAAACUGAAAUAGCAAUAAAUUGUGAAGCUAAAAUUAUAUAAUAGAUUUUAUAAAUUUGGAAAUGAAAAUUAAAAGAAGCUGAUGUUAGUGACCCAUUGAUACAGACAUGAUUGAUCUAAAUCUUUAUCAGCUCAUUUUGUUUGUUUGUUUUUUUCCAUGUAUUUUUCACACCCUUUUAAAAAUUGAGCGUAAGAUGUAGAAUUUUGGGGUUGGCCUUGUUCUGUAGACCUGCAAAGUUUUUAUGUUUAAAUUCUGUCUGAAUAUUAUGUUGUAUUCCUUGGAUUUUCUUUGGAAAAAAAGAUUUUCUAUGAAACAUUUUCUGAAUGUAAAGUGCACAUAUAAAUUUCAUAUAUACAAGACAACAUUGUUCAAUUCGUAUGAUAAAACACAAAGUUAUAUUUUAAAAAUUUGGCACUGGAAAGAAUGAAUAGAAAUGAGGAUUUGUGCAGAACAAAAACUGUAACAGGUUUUUUUGUGUGUGUUAUGUACAAACCGUUUAUUUCUUCACUCUAUUCUGCUCGGACAGCUCCACAUUUUUUUUUUUUAGAUUAUCAUUUUCCAUAAACAGUAGAGCCAAAAGGUAUAUAGGAUCAUAUCAUGUUUUCACAUUGAUUUAGCUCUGAGAAUGAAUAAAUUUUCCUGUAUAAUUAUAAGAAUUAAUAUUUGAGAUGUAUGGCAUUAUUGGUGUGUCUGAUUUUUGUGGUACUCCUAAGAAGUUUCCGAUUAUAUUGAGAUGUAUGAUGCAACAGAGCUGUAUCAUUCUGUAAACAUUUGUUAUUCAUUUUGUGUCGUCCUGUACUCUGAUACUGAACUGCAGUAGCUGUCGAGUUGUAUUGCUGUUCCUGUGAUGCACAUUUUUGCUUCAGAAGCAUUUUGUAUUUGUGUGUAUAUUUUGGUAACAUCUACCCUAUGAUAGUAGAUUUGUGAUAUUUUUUGUUAAGAUUCAACUCCCUCGAGUCCAAGACUUUGGAAUUUUCUUUUUGGAUAGGAAGUCUAUUUUAUGAUUAUCUCCAAUCUUUUGAAGGUGACCUAAUACAACUAGUCAAGAAUGCUUGUUUCUCCUAAGUAUUAGUCUUCAGUUGGUUGCAUUGCAGAAUUUUAGCUUACCUGAGCCAAAGUUCAACUGAGCUUUUCUUACUAAAAUUAGUCAUCACUGUGUCCAAGUACAUCUGAUUUCUUCUGUUGGCGAUUUUCAACCAGCUGAAUUUGUUCAAAUCAUCUUUUGGGUAAAGGGUUAUUUGUUUGUCAAAAAAGGCCAUUUAAGGGAAGAGAAAGGGUGAGAAAUAACCCCAAUAGUUGAAACAAUAUAAUUUGUAUGCCCAUACUGAAAACAAAUGUCUUUUAUAUAAUCUGAGAAUGCAUGUUUUAAAAACAUAACCCAGGUUGUUUGAUUAAGGUGAAAGUCACCAGAAGAAAUACCAUUAAGGGUUAUAACUUUGUAGCAAAGAUAAUGUUCUCAAUACUUCACAAUAAAGUUCUGUGUGACGUCAUGACUAUAGUCAUUUGAACAAGGUCAAAGUCGCUGAGAAAAAGUGUAAAUAUCUCAAUCCAAAUCUUUAGAGCAACCUUAAUAGACAAUCGUACUUCACACAAAGAUUUUUUUGUGUGUUCUGUGUAAAUCAUGAUCUUAGAUGAUGGAUAUAUAAUGUCAAGGUCACUGAGAAAAGAAAUGUAUUAAUGUUAAGGUCACUGAGAAAAGAAGUGUAUACUGUAUACUCCUUGUACAGACCAUCUUUUGUUUUGUUUUUUACGUAGAAGCAUUUGACACUCUUGUGAUUCCAAUUAUUUAAGUACUAGAAGGACAGCUAGUUCUUGUCAAAGAUAACAAGAUUAGAUUUUUUCAAUGUUUCCUGCUCCCAGGGCCUUAUGGUGGGGUAAGGAAGCACUUGCAUAUUAAUCUGGGUUAUCAUGAAUUGGGAGAAGAGUCUUGAAUGGGCAUUGGGACUUGGGGGCUUGUGAUGCUGAAUAAAACAGAAUUUCAUUUCUUAUUUACAUGUUUGAAUUCGUAUGUUAUCACCUUGAUGAUAAAAAUGUUUUUAAAGAUUGCAUGUUCAGCAGUAAAUUAGUAUUUAACCUUCAUAACUGAUUGACAUUUAAAGUUUUUUCAUGCAAUUCAGUAAUUCAUAUGGUUAGUUUAAACAAAAAGAAAGUUCUUUAUGAAUGUAUAAGCUUUUGCUAUUUUACGGACAAAUAUCACACGAGAGAAAACUUAGUGAAGAAUGGAGAGUUCAGAAUAUAUGUACAAUAGAUUUUGAAAUCGAGAACUUAAAAAUUUACUUUACGUCGCAAAAAAAUACAGCUCUAGUAGACAGUAACUGAUGGGGAAAACUAAUUAAAGCUAGAUUUGUACUCUCAAUAUUCAAAUCCGUGUUUAGGCUGUUUACUAACUAACUGGCUAGGCAGUGGUACUUAGAAAGACAAAAAAAAAUGUUACUCGUAUUUAUUUUUCCUUUUAUUGUUCAAAAGGAAGUCAGCCAAUCAUUGUAUGUGUUAUUUAUCUUUAAACUUAGUGUCACAUUAACAGUUGUGGAAAUCUCUGUAAUGACAGAUGUUCACAUAGUCUGCAUCCUUAAACUUAGUGUCACAAUAACAGUUGUGGAAAUCUCUGUAAUGACAGAUGUUCACAUAGUCUGCAGUUGUGGUUUUUAUCCAAAGUAUGGUUUUGAAAAUGUCCUUGAAUUGGAGAUUAAAGAUAGCAAAUGCAGUAGUGAAUGAAAAACAUUGCAUUAUAAGUUUGUUUUAUUCAUCAUCACCCAUUUACAGAAAUGGAGUCAUUUGAUUUUAGUGCAGAAAAUAUGUACAUACCUAGAUGGCAUUAAAGUAAUAUGUAAAUAAUGAAUAUUUUUUUUAUGUAGAUAUGUGAAAUGCCCAAGUUUUGUAUAUUUUAUGUUUGUCACCCAGUGACUGAUUGAACAGCUUUGUAUAUAUCAAUAUUUGUAUUCAAUUAUUCAGCAUACUAGCUCUAUUUAUGAGAAAUAGGGCCAAACAAUAUUUAGCCUUUUUAAAACUUGUACAGAUCUCCAUAUAUAUAUAUUUCUCUACAGCAUGCCAUUUUUUCUUUGUUUGCAAUUUUGAUUACAGCAAUAUUUCCUAACUUCGAUUUUUUUUCAUCAAUAUGACAUUUUUCAUGGGGGGUUUUUGUGUCAACUGAUUGACCUUUAAUCCACUUGGUGAUAGUAGAAUAUUUCCUUAUAUGUUAGUAAAUGUAUGUUGUGUGCAAAAAUCAAGAAAAAAAAAGUUGAAAAAAAAAAAGUUGAAAGAAGCUUAUCAAUUUGUCUAGUUCUUAAAUCACUGUCUCACACCAAAAAUAAAUUCAGUUUGAGAACAUUAUACAUGCAGGUAUCACUGUUCAUGACAAGUUUCUGUGUAAUCCAUGAGUACUUGAAUCUGAUAUUUUUAUAUGUUGAAAGAGAGGAUGUAAACCCUGUCUAAAGAGUAGAGUUUUAUCAUACAAGUUCCCAAUGUUAAGCUCGGUGUAUUUGAGCCUGUAAAUCUCAUUUUCACUUUAUCAACUAUUAGCGAUGCUGGUGCAUUUGGUUCACCCUAGCAGUGUUUUGCUCUUUUCAGUUUUAUUAUUCACUUCUGUGAAUGUAUGUAAAAUGCCAAUUUUUUUUUGUGCCUGUACUUUUGAAGUUGCUUGCAAUUAAAUUGCAUCAGUAUGUAUAAUAUA